AAGGACUAUACUGAAUUGAUAAAUUACUAAUAAUGAGAUAAGUAUAAUUUAGAGUUUUACAAACUUCACUAAAUUCGAUAUUAAAGUACAUGAAUGGAUUCAAUAUAAAAAAGAAAAACAAAAGAAAAAAUGGGAGAAUUAGUAAUAAUGAUCUUACUCCAGCUUUUCGUUUCCGAAAUAGUGCGUCUUUGUUUUCUGUAGACGCCCGGCGAGACACCGGAUCUUCGCGCUUGCUAACUCACUCUGCGACCAGUUUUCAGAUGCUCGGAUAAUCUGAUCUCUUUGUGGAAACGCAUUCCACCAAUUCAUCCGUCCUGUUUCGUCGAACCCCAAUCUCUGGUUUCAUCGUUUCGUCGUAAGAUAGAGCCCACGAUUCGGGAUUCAUCUGUGUGGAAGAACGGGCAUACACUAACCGGGAAAGAUGGUUUCUGGGCAUAUAUAAAGUAGGAAUAAGAAAAAAGCACAAAGAUGGGCUCGAAGAGAAAAUCAGCUUCUUCUAAGAAUCCACAAGAAACUUCUCAAAACAAUGACAUGUCGAUCGCGGGUCUUCAGUCUAAGCACCAAGAAGAAAUAGCAAAUUUGACUCUUCUGGUACAGCCUAUAAAAACGCUUAAGCUUUUCGCUAUGGCAAUGCUACAGCAGAUCAGACAAUCAGUGUCAUAUCUUUUCUCACAUGUUUUAUGGUUUGUGGCACUCAUCGGUGUUGCUGUGCUCUUAGGAGUGCUUCUUUUCACUACAGAUUCUGGCCAUGGAAAGGCAGAGGAAGUGCUUAAGUAUGUAAAGUUUGGAGUUUGGUGGACUCUUCUUGGUGUUGCAUCUUCAAUCGGCCUUGGAUCUGGUUUGCACACGUUUGUUUUGUAUCUGGGCCCACACAUUGCUCUAUUCACUAUAAAAGCAAUGAAGUGUGGUCGGGUUGACAUCAAGACAGCUCCAUAUGAUACGAUUCAACUGAAAAGAAGCCCAUCAUGGCUGGGAAAAGAUUGUUCUGAGUUUGGGCCGCCAUUGUUUUCUUCUUCUAAUGGCACACGGGUCCCGUUGAGCAGUAUAUUGCCCCAGGUGCAGUUAGAGGCUAUAUUGUGGGGCCUCGGUACUGCACUUGGAGAGCUGCCCCCUUAUUUCAUUUCAAGAGCAGCACACCUUUCGGGAAGUAGAUCAGAAGAACUGGAUUCUCCAUCAGAUGAUGAUAGUGGGUAUUUAGCAACUAAAUUAAAUCAAAUUAAGUGCUGGUUUGUUUCCCAUGCACAAUAUUUGAACUUCGUCUCAAUCCUGAUUCUUGCUUCGGUGCCCAAUCCUCUAUUUGAUUUGGCUGGAAUAAUGUGUGGACAGUUUGGCAUUCCAUUCUGGGAGUUUUUCCUUGCUACUUUGAUUGGAAAGGCCAUUAUUAAAACUCAUAUCCAGACUGUCUUCAUAAUUUCGGUUUGCAAUAAUCAACUACUCGAUUGGAUGGAAAAUGAAUUGAUUUGGGUUCUCAGCUUUGUUCCUGGUGUUGAUUCCUUCCUACCCAACUUGAUAAGCAAGCUUCAUUCCAUUAAAAAUACUUACAUGGCAUCCAAACCUCAUCCAUCUUCAGAUGCUAAGGUGAACAAUUGGGAGUUCUCAUUGGGUUCAGUUUGGAACACAGUAGUAUCGAUUGUGCUUCUCAACUUUUUCUUCAAGAUCAUAAAUGCAACUGCACAAAGUUAUCGGAAGAAACAGCUCGAGACGGAGAUCACUGCCAAAAAGGGCAAGUCCUCCAUCCAUUGAUUGCAUUUGGCUGUGAUCACUGCAUUUGGCAGACCUUACCGGCCACUACGUAUGUACGUUCAGCUUCGCCUCUCACACUAAUCACCAUUUAUCCCUCCCUGUCAGAAACUUUUAUAGCUGGGGAGAAGAUCAAAUACAGAAAUCACAGGUUAAAUGUUUUAUUUUAGCAGCCUGGAUUGCCAUUGUUGGAAACUCUUUGCUUUGCGCAUUAUUAGUAAUAGAGAAGUUAGCAUUAUUGUUACUAUUUGGCUGGCUUAACUGAUGACAGUCUAUUAUCAAGAGAUAGAAACUUGGUUGUAUUUUCUACUUCUUCACUAUAACGGAAUUUGGUAGACUGUUCUCCUUUGUUUCACCAUUAUUAAGCUAUAUACACACCCCCAUCAAAUACUCUCAUGCAUCCAUUGGUUCUGCGAUUACUU